AUGCAGACACCAAAAGCAAGAGAUAGUGCUUCAGAAAUGUCACAAAGGAAAUCUCCUGCAACCCCUCGAACUGCUCGCCAGUUGAAGACACCAAACUCUGGUUCUAACUCAGCCUCCUCCUCUUCAAACCCCAUAAGAAAGAUGCCAAAAGAUAUGAGUCCAAAAGUUAAUGAACGCAUGUUAUCACACAGUCCAAUAUUUGAGAAGAAGCGACCUAGCAAGGUUCAGGAAUUGGAAUCUCAGAUUGCUAAGCUUCAAGAAGAUCUGAAAAGUGCUAAGGAUCAACUUAGCACAUCGGAGUCAUGGAAGAGAAAAGCUGAAGAGGAGAUUGAAGAAGCAAAGAAGCAGAUACUAUCUUUGUCAAAGGAGCUGGAGGAAUCCCAUCAACAGUUUUCGGAACUCUAUAAAUUAUGA